UUUCAAAUUUCUCUCUUCAUUUAUUAUAACAACCUCCCACAAAUCUAUGAACAUCCCCAAUCCCGCCGCCGCCAUUAUUCCGGCGGCUCUAUAUUUUCUUGCCGGCCUGUUCUUCUUCACCACCGCAGCCGCUCAGAAUGAGAGCGCCGUGCCGGUGAACGUCGGGGUGGUGUUGGAUAUGGAGAGCUGGAUUGGGAAGAUGGGGUUGAGUUGUAUCGACAUGUCGUUAUCGGAAUUUUAUUCUCUUAAUCCUCACUACCACACCAGAAUCGUUCUUCACCCUAAAGAUUCCGGUCGCGAUGUUGUCGGUGCCGCCGCUGCAGCUCUUGAUUUGAUAAAGAACAAUAAAGUUCAUGCAAUCUUGGGACCAACCACUUCAAUGCAAGCCAAUUUCGUGAUCGAGCUCGGCCAAAAAGCUCACGUCCCUAUACUAACCUUCACCGCCUCCAGCCCCGCUCUCGCCUCCCUCCGCAGCCCUUACUUCUUUCGCCUCACCCAAAACGACUCUGCCCAGGUCGUCGCCAUUAGUGACCUCGUCAAAUCUUAUAAUUGGAGACAGGUCAUUCCGAUCUACGAAGAUGAUGAAUUUGGAGACGGAAUGUUACCGUAUUUGAUCGACGCGCUACAGAGUGUGAAUGCACGCGUGCCAUACCGGAGCGUCAUCGAUCCGGAGGCUACUGACGAUCAAAUUAAAGAAGAGCUUUAUAAGUUGAUGACAAUGCAGCCCAGAGUGUUCGUAGUACACAUGGUUCCUUCUCUAGCAGCUCGAUUAUUCAUGAUGGCCAACGAGAUUGGAAUGAUGAGCGAAGGCUACGCUUGGAUUCUAACCGACGUAACAACGAACGUUCUCGAUUCCAUGGAUUCCUCUGUUCUAAACUCCAUGGAAGGAGCUUUAGGAGUGAAAACAUACGUCCCAAAUUCACUAGAGCUCGAUGGUUUCAAAAUCAGAUGGAAGCGCAAAUUCCUAAUCGAAAACCCCAUCCCCAAAGAACCUCAAUUAGACGUAUUCGGAUUAUGGGCUCACGAUGCAGCUCGAGCACUAGCAAUGGCGGUUGAGAAAACAGGGGAAACAGAGUUCAAAUACAAAAACAACCCAAUUAACGAAUCGAACAACAAUCUAACGGAUCUUCAAACAUUAGGGGUGUCUGAAAACGGGGAGAAAAUCCGAGAUGUUUUAUUGAAGACGAGGUUCAAAGGGCUGACAGGGGAUUACAGGAUCGUAAAGGGGGAGCUUCAAUCGGAGAAUUUUGAGAUAGUGAAUGUGAAUGGGAAUGGGGGAAAACGGGUGGGGUUUUGGAAUCCGGAGAAAGGGUUGACUAAGAAUUUGAGUCAGAGUGGGACGAAACCAGUGAUAUGGCCGGGGGAUACGGCGACGGUUCCGAGAGGAUGGGUGUGGCCGGUGGCCGGGAAGAGGCUGAAAAUUGGGUUUCCGGCGAAGGAAGGGUAUAGUGAGUUUGUGAGAGUGAAGAAAAACGGAACGGGGGCGGAAGGGUAUUGUACGGAUGUGUUUGAUGCGGUAAUGGCAAUGCUUCCGUACGCAGUUCCGUAUGAUUACGUUCCGUUUGCAUUUCCUAAUGGUUCCAGCGCGGGAUCUUACGAUGAUCUCAUCAUGCAAGUCUAUAAAGGGAUCUACGACGGGGCAGUAGGAGACAUAACGAUCGUAGCGAACAGAUCAAACUACGUGGAUUUCACAUUACCCUUCACAGAAUCAGGAGUUUCAAUGGUGGUUCCAACACAAGGCUACUCCAAGAACAAAGCAUGGAUUUUCUUAAAACCUCUCACUUUAGAUCUUUGGAUCACAAGCUUCUGCUUCUUCGUCUUCAUGGGCUUUGUUGUUUGGAUUCUUGAACACCGAAUCAACGAAGAAUUUCGUGGUCCACCAUCUCACCAAAUCGGCACAAGCCUCUGGUUUUCCUUCUGCACCAUGGUCUUUGCUCAAAGGGAAAGUUUGGUCAGCAAUUUGGCGAGAUUCGUGGUGGUCAUAUGGUUCUUUGUUGUAUUUAUUCUGACUCAGAGUUACACUGCAAGUUUGACUUCUCUUUUAACAGUUCAACAAUUGCAACCUACCAUUACUGAUGUUAAUGAGUUGUUGAAGAAUCAGCCAUGGGUUGGAUAUCAAGAUGGUUCCUUUGUUUUUGAGUUAUUGAAAUCUGUGGGGAUUAAGAAUCUUAGGCCUUAUGAUACUCCUGAGCAACUCGAUGAGAUGUUCAAAUCUGGAAGCUCUAAUGGCGGAAUUGAUGCUGCUUUUGAUGAAAUCCCUUAUGUUAAACUCUUUCUUUUUAAGUUUCCUGAUAAGUACAUCAUGGCUGAGCCCAAUUACAAAACCGAUGGAUUUGGAUUUGCAUUUCCGAUUGGUUCGCCACUGGUGGGAGACGUGUCGAGAGCCGUGUUAAACGUGACAGAAAGUGAGAAGAUGAACCGAAUACAAAAGACAUGGUUUGGUGGUCAAUGUAACUCGGUGUCUUCUGGCUCAAAGGUCACUUCUUCAAGGCUCAACCUUGGUAGCUUUUGGGGGCUCUUUCUCAUUGCCGGCAGUGCUGCCAUCAUUGCUCUUCUUGUCUACGGUUUCAUUUUUUUCCACAAGGAACAGCACACGCUCCGUCACACUGCCAAUGAAGGCUCGAACAAUUCCUUUCGACACAAAAUUCGAGCGUUGCUCAAAACUUACGAUGAAAGGGACUUGACUUCACAUACAUUUAAGAAGAGUAAUCUUGUUCAUGGGGACAAAACGAUUCGUGCGAUGGAUGGUAGCUCCAUUUCGGCCUCACCAAGGUCUAACUACCCUCCAAGUCCGUCAAAUUAUUCAGUCCACGACACUAGCUUCGAGUUCUACUCUGAAUCAGGGAAUGCAAGUCCCAUGAAUCAUCAAGCUUUGGAAAUGGUGGUGAGUACAAGCAUGGAGGCAUCUUUGGGAAAUGGAGAAGAAAUAACUGAAAUUCAUGUGAAUAAAAAUUGAUUAGUUUGUAGAUAUUAGUGUUGGGAGCAUACAUUUUGGUUUUUGGGAAGUUUUUGGGGUGUGCUUUUUGAGGAUAGAUUUAACUUUCUUGUACACUACUAAAACUCCCUUUGUAAUCUAAUCUAAUGUUCAAAAUGAUAUGAAUUAGAUUUGUAAUUUUAGCUUAUAGUAGAGUAGUAUUUGGGUGCAUAUUUGAAGAAAAUUUAUGUAUCUACUUUUCUGUA